GCUUGUUUGCAUUUAUUAGGCUAUUCAUUGCUUUUAGUUCUACAUUUCAAGUUGGUAAAAUUUGAGAAUGUCUACAAGAGAACGAGAGCAAAAAUCAUUGGAUAUAGUGUUUAUGAAAAUUAGAUUCUAAUUGAUUGGAGAAGAUGUUAGAUGGUGGUAUUCUAUUGCAUUUGAACAAAUAUGUAAAACUCAAAUAUAUGAAUAUGUAUAAGUCUGGGAGGUAGGAGCUUCCCAAAUUGUACACCUUUACAAUACUAACUCUUCUUUUACUUGUUAUGUACCACUUGUGUAAUGUAGGAGCUUUCAAAGCAAAAUGGUAAUAAUAGGAAGAAACUGAAGUAUCACCACAAGGGAGGAGCGAAGCCAUUCAUUCAACAUGCUAGGAUAGCUCACAAGGUAAUGAAACUAAAGUACUUAUAAUACUCAUUAUGCACUCUCACGUUUGUAUCUUCAUUAUUAAAUAGAAAGGAGAUUCAUUAUCAAUGAUUGACAAUUGGGGUGCUCUUCACAAAGACAAGAACAGCCAGUGGAUCAAUGAUGUUGCUCGAGACAAAUAUGAUAACAUGAAGAAAAUGAAGGAUGAAAUGAGGGAGAAGCUGAUCCAAGAAGCACCUGAAGGUACACCAUCAGACUCCAUACAUGUGCCAUUGGAUGAUGAGUUUGGAAUCAUGGUUGAAAACCUUGGGAGGAAGGGAAAAUUAGUUAAUGGUGUAGGUGUUUUUCCUCGUACCUCUGGUUGCAUUUCUUCUAUGGCAUCAAGUUCCGAGUUAACUGAUAUAAGAUCUCAGAUCAAGCUUCUAUCAGAUGGUUUCCUAAAAUUGCAACAAGAGAAUGCACAAUUGAGAGCUCGAUUGGAUUUACGUAAUGAUGAUGAAAAUCUAUUCACAAAAUUCAAGGCAUUUAUUGCUGCAAGUCAAGAGAAGACCAACAACUCUACAAAAUCUGAUGGUGAUAUUUCAGAGGGUGAAAAUACUUAUCCUGAGCUGGAAGAACAUGAUUUGGAAGAGGAAUGAUGUCCAUAUUGUGUCUUUUGCGGUUAGUUUCAAGUAUGCACAUGGUACACCUCUUUUGUUAGCACAUGGAACACCUAUUUUGUUAAUUAGCACCUGAAUGUGCCUUGGACUUGUCAUUUUUUAGUACCCAAGAUGUCUAUAUAUAGGUGUUACUACACUUCAUUAUUCUAGCUUAGACUUCUCUUUUGUUGGUACCUCAAGCUAUCAUUUGUUAGGCACCUCAAGCUAUCUUUUGUUAGGCAUCUCAAGCUCUUUUAAACUUCUCUUUUGAGAUAAGUCACCAUGACUUUAA